AACAUAAAAUAAGGAAAAAAAAAAAAAGAUCGUUUUGUUGUUUUGGGUCAAUCUGGGAAUUUGGUACUUCGGCAAGGAGGGCAUCUAGGAGACUGAAGGCUCUAAGGAAGUUCAAUGUGUUGAUCCAGAGGCAUCCAAUUGAGAAGCAAAAAUCUUCAACUUUAAGGUACUUGCAUUCAUGGUACAAUAUUCAGUCCCAGAUCAGAGCUUGCCGGCUGUGUAUGGUCACAGAAGGCUGGACUACGCAAAGGAAAUUGGAAAAUCAAAUGAAACUGGAUGCUAAGCCUAAUGAGCUGGAGUUAUUUAUGAUCACCUACAAUUGUGCCCCCUUGACUUCGGCAGCGUAUUUUUGUUUGGAUUACUAGAAACUGAAUGAAAAGUUUCAAUCUUCAGGUGGAAUGGCCCGGUGGCUCAGAAAGCAUGGAGCAAAGUUUUUCUAGGAUUCAACAGAGGGAAGAAGCAACUCUGAAGGGCGAGGGAGCCAUGGCCUAUGCCUUCUCUCAUCAGGUCACGUCUCUGAACCACGAAAAAUGAUCAGAGUUUCUAUGUUUUGAUGCGCUUCCAUGGCUUAAAUAAGUAGUGUUCGUACAAUUUGCGGUGGAGGACCAAUGCAAGCCAAUAUCUGGGGCAAGCCUCCUUUGGCGUGGGAAGAAAAAACUGGGGAUGGAGUUUGGAAGGAAAGAUGGAUAUCGGCUUGGCCAUGGGAGGUCAGGGUUCCAUCUCAGGACAGCCACCCAAAGAGCGCUAAUGGAAAGCAGGGAAGCAAGGUAGGGAAAACAGUGAAAUCUCCUUUCUCAAAUGGGAAGGUUUCUGUUCCUAAACCCAAAAAAGUUGCCCCAUCAGAUGGGGUGAAGCCUUAAGGUUGUCCAAGAAACGUUUUUCCCAUUUUAUAAUUUUUAGGGAUUUGAAAGUUGAAUUGGACCUUCUGUAAGAAAAAAAAAGAGAAGAGAAUCAAGACAUCUUAACAUU